AUGGCAACGCCUCUCGCCACCAAAGACGUUGCCGCAACGGCCGUCUCGCCCUCGCCGCCCUCGCCGAUCGACGACGACGAGCAGCAGUGGGGGGAAAAGCGGAAGCCGCUGCGUCGCCGCGUCCGCGAACUGCUGUGGGACAGCUUCGACCGCAGCCCCGCGGAGCGCCGGUUCAUCGCCAAGAUCGACUUUUUCAUCCUGACCUGGGCGGGUUUUUCGUAUUUCUCGAAGAACUUGAACUCGAAUAAUCUAUCAAACGCCUAUGUCUCGGGCAUGAAGGAGGAACUGAACGUCGUGGGGAACCAGUACCAGACCUUCACCACCAUGUGGACGAUCGGCUACGUCAUCUCCCAAAUCCCAUCGCAGCUGGUCUGCACGCGAGUCCGUCUGUCCCUCUGGUGCCCUAGCUGGGAGCUCUUCUGGGUCAUCGUGACGUUCGCCAGCUCGGCCGUGAAGACGCCGUACCAGCUGUACGCCUGCCGGUUCCUGCAAGCGGCGCUGUACACGGGGAUGAACGGCGUGCACGGGCUCGCGGGGUGGCGUUGGCUGUUUGUCUUUGACGGCGUCAUCACUCUGCCCAUGGCGGUGUGGGGUUACUACGCUCUUCCGGACCUCCCCAGCAACACUCGCGUCCAUUGGCUGAAGGCUGAGGAAAAGGAGCUUGCGCUCGAGCGCAUGAGAAAGGCGGGCAAGCAUCUAGAAGAGCCGUUUACGAUUCAUGGCCUCAAACGCAUCCUGAAGAAGUGGCACUUCUGGGUGUACACGGCGUACUAUACCUUCUUCAUCUGCAGCGAGAACAUCGGGACCUACAUGAAUCUCUGGCUGAAGAGCCUGGACCGGUACUCGGUGUCGCAGAUCAACACGUACCCGACCGUCAUCAACGCCGUCACCAUCGUCACGACGCUGUGCUACGGGUGGGUCAGCGACGGGCUGCAGGUGCGGGCGCCCAUCGUCUACUUCUCGCUGGGCGUGUGCUUCUUUGCGGCUUGUAACCUGGCCGUGUGGGACGGCGUGCCGUUCGGGCUGAAGUGGGCGUCGUUCUACCUGACGGGCUUCGCGCAGGGCUCCGGCCCCGUCUUCCUGACCAUGGUCAACGAGCACUGCGCGGGCGACAGCCUCGAGCGCAAGUUCAUCCUCGGCACGACGAAUUCGGUCGCCUACGCCUUCAACGCGUGGAUCCCGCUCAUCACGUACAACACCAACUACGCGCCGCGCUUCCUGGUCGGAAACUCGGUGACGGUGGGAUUGAUCGUGUGCGCAGCGGCGACGCUGACGCUGGCGGUGUGGCUGCAGAGGAGAGACGGUGAAAUGGAGGGGAAAGAACGAGGUGCGACAAUGGUGGGAGAUGCGUAG